UUUAUCAGUUCUCAUCAUUUAAUCGGUAGGAGCCCAUGUGAUUCUCCCUCUCGGUAGCCGCACUCGCCGCGAGGCCUUGAGAGGAUUCCAGAAGCGGUUCUCCGUCCAGGAUAGCGGUUUUAGGCCCCGGUUUCGACCUCUGUGCCGACUUAAGAUCUCCUUCUUGGGGAGUGGACGGUGGUUUCACGAGGCGGUUUUGGGAGGAAGAGGAGGAGUCUCGGGUCUGGAAGGCGGUUCUCCAGCCGGAAUGAGCGGUUUCUGUUGAGUGGUUUUCCGGCGGGAAGAUGGUGAGACGGAAGCCAGUUUUGGUGUUGCUGUGCUUCACGGUGCUUGCUCCCAUCUUUCUUUACACCGAUCGGCUCUCGUCCUUCCCCAGUUCCAUCUCGAAUGACGAUUUUAUCGAGGACGUCUCUAAUGUGCAGGCUUUUGGGAACGAGGUUGGGAAACUAAACGCUCUACCUCAGGAGUUGACUAAUGCUGUAAAAGAGCCGAUUGGGAUCGUCUAUCCUGAUAAUUCGAUCAAUUCCCAUCAGAUUUCAGUUCAAUCUAGAGAUGUCUCGGCGACAUCAAACGCUCAAGUUCAAUUAUUUACAGAAGUGCCACUACGGAAAUCUGGAGAGCAUAAGAGCAGGGUGUUGUCUGCCACAGAUGAGAGAAACCUUUCAGAAAAAGGGAGCGUGAUUGAGCAAGUAGUCAACAGGAGAAUCGGAAAAGAUGAUUCAGAGAAGUCCAAAGCAGAGGAAGAGAACAAGGAAUUGGGAUCCCAACAGACAGAGGUUCAAAGUACGCCAGAGAAACAGGAAAGUAAGUCUCAAAAGAAAUCUGAAGAAACAACUCAUAAGGUUGAUCCGGAAAAACUUAAGACAGCACCCCAAGAUAGAAACAGUAGUAGCACUGUUAUGCCUGAUGCUAGAGUCCGGCAUCUCAGGGAUCAGUUGAUCAGGGCAAAGGUCUUCCUUGGCCUUGGAGCAACCAGGACCAAUCCUCAGUAUAUCAGGGAGUUACGCUUGCGUAUAAGAGAAGUUCAGCGAACACUUGGGGAUGCAACCAAGGACUCGGACUUACCAAGGAAUGCCAAUGAGAAACUGAAAGUAAUGGAACAAACUUUGGCCAAGGGCAAGCAAAUUCAGGAUGACUGUGCUGCUGUCAUUAAAAAGCUGCGUGCCAUGCUUCACUCGAUGGAGGAACAGUUACGUGUUAAUAAGAAGCAGGCAGUGUUUUUAACCCAACUUGCAGCUAAAACCCUCCCUAAAGGUCUUCAUUGCCUUCCCUUGAGGCUCUCCACUGAAUACUACGCCUUGGAUCCCAGUCAACAGCAAUUUCCAAAUCAAGAAAAGCUCGAAGAUCCUAACCUCCAUCACUAUGCAUUAUUCUCGGAUAACAUAUUGGCAGCUGCAGUUGUUGUGAACUCAACUGUUUCCAAUGCUAAGCACCCUUCAAAUCUUGUUUUCCACGUAGUCACUGACAGGCUCAACUAUGCAGCAAUGAAGAUGUGGUUUUUAUCUAAUCCACCUGGAAAAGCUGCCAUCCAUGUUCAGAACAUUGAAGAAUUUACAUGGCUGAAUGCUAGCUACAGUCCAGUACUGAAACAGCUUGGUUCUCAGUCAAUGAUUGACUAUUACUUUAGGACUCAUCAUGCAAACUCUGACCCAAACUUGAAAUUCCGAAACCCAAAAUACCUUUCAAUCCUGAAUCAUCUGCGGUUUUACCUACCUGAGAUCUUCCCAAAGCUGAAUAAGGUGGUGUUUCUAGAUGAUGAUAUUGUAGUACAGAAGGACCUGAGUGGCCUUUGGACAAUCAAUCUGAAAGGGAAGGUUAAUGGUGCGGUUGAAACUUGUGGAGAAAGCUUCCAUCGUUUUGAUAGAUAUUUGAACUUCUCAAACCCUCUCAUUUCCAAAAAUUUUGACCCUCAUGCCUGUGGCUGGGCCUAUGGAAUGAAUGUGUUUGAUUUGGUCGAGUGGAGGAAGCAAAACAUAACAGAAGUCUACCACUCCUGGCAGCGGCUGAACCAUGACAGGCUGCUAUGGAAGCUGGGAAGUCUGCCGCCUGGUUUGAUAACAUUCUGGAAUCGUACUUUCCCCCUUGACCGAGCAUGGCAUAUUCUUGGCCUGGGUUAUAACCCACACGUUGCUCAGAAGGAAAUUGAAAGAGCAGCAGUGAUACAUUACAAUGGAAACAUGAAGCCUUGGCUAGAGAUAGGCGUGCCCAAGUAUCGCAACUACUGGUCUAAAUAUGUGGACUAUGAUCAAGUAUUUCUACGGGAAUGCAACAUCUCUCCUUAGAGGGGCUAUUGGUGCCUUGAUAUCUUUUUGACCACUGCUAUUACAUAUUUUUUUGAUGUUCCUUGUUCUUUUCUCUGUUCACAUUUCAGUGGACUUGGAUUAACCAGUUCGAUUUUUUAAUGGUUUAUAGCCAUAAGAGUUGCUCUAGCAGUCCUCACAAUCCCAUCUGCAUGACUUAAGUUAUGUUGUACAUGCUUCAGAACUGGAAUCCAGGGGUCUGAGCUCUACAAUGUCGGCUAUUUAUGUUCUUGAUAUCUUGUAAUAUUAUACCUGUAAUUUUUAUAAUGUAGUUUAUUUUCCUCCAGAUCUCAA